AUGUCAAGCCGUGCGAGUAGGUUGGAAGCCGAAAAAUUGGCCAUCAUCCAAAAAUCCAUGUCUAACCGGGGUCGGUCCAAGUCGCCCUCGGGAAGUAACUCGAGAUCUUCGUCUACACUGUUGGAUGACUUCAACAACAAAGAUAUAAAGUGGUCGAUUACAAACCAUGAUCCGCUGGAGAGAAUGGACCCCAAAUCCCAAACUGGGGCCGAUGACAGUAAUCCUAAUCAGGUAUGGGACAACGAGGUAAGUGAAGAGGAACACAUCAGUGACGACGAAGAUGGAGAAAAGCUUCAAUAUGAUGGAACAGGUAAUAUUCUACCUAACUAUGCAUGUCAUGACGACAAAAUGAAUGAAAUUUCUAGCAUAUUGGAGAACUCAAACUUGAACGACAGCACGACUAUUAAGAAACUCGAAGAGCUUACCGCAAACGAAAGGGCCGUUGCCAAUGCUAAAAAUAUCGGGUCGGAGGUAGAUAAGGAUAUUGUUGCCAAACUCACACAGAACAAACAUGCUCUUACAGGUAGCGACGAAUUGGAUCUAUUUAGAUCUGAUCAGGAUGCCGGAUCUAGACGGCAAAAGUUGGAAACGUAUCAAGCUUAUAGGAAGAAGAUUAUUGAUCAGGAAAAUGACUACUUACGAAGCCGGGAACAGUAUCAGGCGCUGAAAGGUACUCCGUCCCUGAAGCAAGAAGCUCUGCCGUCCGCAUCCGAAGAGGACUUUAUGAUACCUUAUACUUCUGCAGUGGAAGACAAGUUGGAUUCUGAAUUCGCAUCUCAGUUGAAUGAAACGAUAAAGGAAGGUGAGGUGGACUCAAAUAUCUCACAAUCUCGUGUUAUUCAGACUAUCACUAGAGGUAAUUUUUUCCAGCUUGUGAACCCUCAAGUUAAACCAAAAAUGUUCCUCCUCUGUAUUGACUUCAGUCCUGAGUCUAUCUUUGCACUUGAAUGGUGCUUGGGAACGGUCUUAGUGGAUGGGUCGGUUUUAUUUAUUGUUUGUGUUAUCGAAGACAAUGAUAGCAAUCAUAAUUUGAAGGGAAACACACAGAACGAGUCAGCUAGAGAAAAAGCAAGGCUUGAUAUGUUACAAAGAGCAAAGCAACAGGUAUUAAACUUGUUAAAAUUGACGAAGUUGCAAAUUCAUAUCGUGAUUGAAAUCAUACACCAUCCGAUUCCAAGGCAUUUGAUUCUAGAGUUUAUCGACAACUUGCAGCCCACUUUAGUUAUGGUUGGCUCCAAAGGUCUGAGUGCUAUUAAAGGUGUUUUGUUGGGCUCUCUUUCAAAUUACUUGGUAACAAAAUCCACUGUUCCGGUGAUGGUGGUGCGUGAAAAGUUGAAGAAGAUCAAUCGGUUCAAGAACGGCUCUUCGAUCUUCUCAAACAAUAUUAGACCUCUUACAUUAUCCGAGGCGAGAAUUGAUUAA